UGUUUUUUUCUUAUUAUUUCUCAGUGAGGAUGAGAUAUUUAAUUUCUACUACAAUCUGUUAAUUAUUUCAAGUGAUGUGGAUUAGUAAUCAACAUUUUAGUUUAUUAUCUAAUUGUGAUUUUAUAUCAUUAAUUUUACAGAGGAUUGAAAAGUUUUCCUCUAAUAUUGAGGCUCAAUUAUGGAUGAAGAUGAAAUCGCUUUGACUAAAGAUAAUUCUGAGCAUGAUGAUCAUUCUGAUCAAGGUGCUAAUCAAAGUACCAACGAGGAUUUAGACUAUGAAAUUGGGGAUAACGAUAACAAUAAUAAUGGUGAUAGUGAAGGUGAUGAUCAACCAUCAGAACAACAACAACAGCAACAACAACAACAACGACAAUCCCGUCAAGGAUUAACUCGAUCUAGAUCAAAUUAUCAUCACGAAUCAACCUCAGUUUCUUCAUCCUCAUCAUCUACAAAAUCAACUGCAUCUUCAACUAUUGACCAAGAGCAACAUGAAGAUAAGAAAAAUUCAUCUUCAUCAUCUAAAUCAUCUGAUGAAAAAAGUUUCAAAAUUAAAGGGAAAAAAGUUAAAUCCAAAUGUAAAUCUGAUUCUGAAGAUCAAUCCAAGACUAAUCAAGGAACUAAUGAGAAAUUUGAAUCAACCACAUCAACACCAACAACCUUUUCUCCACCAACGUCAACUUUACCUUCACCAUGUCAAACACCACCUUCUUUAUCUGAAAAGAUUCGUGAACGGCGCAGAUCCUCGUUAGCACCACCAGAAUCAGAAUUGAUACAAGUCUCUAAACGAUCAAGGUCAGGGUCACGAUCUCCUCGCCGAGGAUCACAAACUUUUCUCAUGGGUGACGACAGUAUAAUGGUACAACUAGAAACGGGGAAACGUCGCUUAUCCUCGUUCUGUGCUUCAUCGAAUGAUGAAACCAUGAUCACCAUUGACGAUGCUUUAACGGAAGAGGAAAUUGUGGAAACGUUGAAAGCUCAUAAACAGAUAAUAUCAACUAUUAAAACUCAGAACUGGCCAAUGCAUCGGAAACUCAAGAUUCUUCGUCGAGCUAAAAUGUACAUUAAAAAGCACGAAGGAGACUUGAAGCAAAGUAAACAAGCGAAGGAUAUUGUGACCAAGUAUCGAACUUAUCUCGAAAAGUCAGUUAAUCGAUUGAAACGUGAAAUUAACAACCUUGUGGUACAAUUAACUCCAUGGGAAAUGAGAAUCAAAAAGAUCGAGAGUCAAUUUGGUUCGGUGGUUGCUUCUUACUUUACUUUCCUCCGGUGGAUUUUCUGGAUCAACACCUUCAUAAGUAUUUCGAUGUGUGUCUUCUUGAUGGUUCCUGAGAUUCUUCGAGGUUCGAAAGAUCCAACCCAGAUGAGAAAGUUCGAAGAUGCUGGAAAAAACUUGACCUUUAAGGAGAUGAUCAACACAGCUUGGAACUUUGAUGGAUACCUCAAGUACUCACCCAUUUUUUAUGGCUACUACGAAAACGAAGAGACCACAAGUAUCGGUUACCGUUUACCGUUAGCUUAUUUUGGAGCUUGUAUUUUACUUUAUGCAUUCAGUUUCUUUUGUAUCCUUCGUAAAAUGACCCAAAAUGCUCGAAACAAUCGAAUAGGAUCCAAAGACGAUGAAUACGUUUUCACGUGGAAACUUUUCACAGGCUGGGAUUUCAUGAUUGGAAAUAGCGAAACUGCUUAUAAUAAGGUGGCUUCGAUUGUGAUGAGUUUCAAAGAGGUGAUUCUGGAGGAGAAGGAGAAGAAAAAAGAAACCAAAGAUUGGAAGAUGAUCGUUAGAAGGGUCAUCGCUAAUAUAUUGGUUGCAAUGUUACUCGUUUCAUCAGCUUAUGCUGUUGUCUUUGUUGUCCAAAGAUCGUUGAAGUUACCAGAAAAUCCUGGUUUUCUCAGAGAAAAUGAAGUGACCAUUGUGGUCAGUGGUAUAUCAACUGUCUAUCCAAAUAUUUUCAAUAUUAUCGCAGUUCUUGAAGAUUAUCAUCCAAGGAUCGCCUUAAGGUGGCAAUUAGCAAGAAUUCUUGUUCUUAAUCUACUCAAUCUUUAUACCUUUUUAUUUGCAAUUUUCGAUAAAAUUGACGAAAUGUCUGCCAAGUUAUUGAAUUAUAAGAAAAUGAUUAAAGGUAAUUUAACAAUGUCCAAAAUGAGCACCACAGUUUCACCGAUAUUUGUUGAAAGCGAUUCGGUUACUUUGAAAGUCAUUGAUUCUCUGAAGCCAUCAAGUAAUUCAACCUCCACCGGUGGGACUAAAAAACGAAACCGUCGAGUGCCACAUGAAGGACGACUCUUUCCUCCAGAUGAUCCGGCCAAUAAAAUGACUCGAGGUGACAUGGAGUUUAUCAUGACCACGGAGACAACAUUUUACGAUCCAUAUGCACGGAACGAUUUAGAUGCCGAGGAGCCAAUCGAUGGUCGGUACUUAUCAGUUUUCACUCGUCCAUCGACUUCAACGACACCGGGAAAUUCAUCAUCUAAUGUUGACCCUGGAGGUGGUGGUGGUGACGGAGGAGGUGUUACGUUUGAUAUUGAUUCCAAUGGUACGAUUACAAUGACUCUUGAAGAAAGUGGCCUAACAACACCGAUGAAUGGGUCAGAUGAUGGUUCAUAUACAACACCGACUUUGGUCACUUUACCAUCUACAAGUAAAGGUACAUCUAAAUCUGGUGUUAAUGGUUCUCAAAUGACUACGGCAUCACCUUCAUCAUUAACACCAUCGGCAGGUCGUACAAAAAGUACAGGUAAAGGUUCAAAAAGUUCAAGUACAGCACGUCCAUCGACAGGUAAAGGUUCAGGUACAACAGGUAAAGUAUCGGGAAUAACUUCAACAACCAGCCUCAUCUCGACAACAACAUCAGCACCAGAGAUGACAACUCAAUGUUUACCAGAGACAACGACAGUGUUUACUUAUACAGCUGAUGAUUUAUUAAAAUUGUCCAAAGAGGAAAGAGCUUCGUUACGAGAUCUUUGCUGGGAAACGAUGUUCGGCCAAGAAUUGGCCAAAAUUCUGGUCAUGGACACUUUAAUCGCUAUUAUGACAACGAUCGUCUUUGACUAUGGUCGAGCUGUUUUCGUUCGUUACUGUAACGAUUGUAGUUGCAUCUUUUGGGAUCUCGAGACUCAAUUUCCUGGUUACGCUGAUUUCCAAAUCGCGGAAAAUAUUUUAGCUCUGGUUAACAAUCAAGCAAAUAUUUGGCUUGGAAUGUUUUUCUCACCCGGUUUACCUGCAAUCAACACAAUUAGAUUGUGUAUCUUAAUGUACUUACAAUCUUGGGCAGUAUUGUCAUCAAAUAUACCUCAUGAAACGGUUUUCAAGGCUUCCGGAAACAAUAACUUUUAUUACGCCAUUUUGUUAUCAAUGUUGUUUAUUUGUACUCUUCCUGUUGGAUAUGCUGUUGUUUGGCUUGAACCCUCCUGGCACUGUGGCCCAUUCAGUGGAUAUGAUCGAGUCUAUCGGGUGUUCACUACUUAUCGAAAAACACUUCCUGAUCGUGUCAAUAAGAUAAUCGAUUAUCUUACCUCUCCUGGAGCUGUUAUUCCUUUGAUGCUAUUGAUGAUUCUUAUUAUUUACUAUUUAAUGUCCAAUGUUGGUUCAUUAAGGGAGGCGAAUAAUGAUUUGAAAUCGCAAUUAAGAAAAGAGAAAGAUCUCCAAGAGGAAGAGGAAGAAGCUGCCGCUGCCGCUGCGGCCGCUGCUGCGACUGGUCAAGAAGGGAAUCCGCAAAUUAUUGGUGCCAAUAUCGAUGGUAUUCUUACACCGGGAAUGGAAAAGAAACACGUUCGAAUCAAUGACGAUAUCGCAACUGAUUCAGACGAGGCCAAAUUGUUGGAAUCUUAAAUCACAAUAAUUGGAAAAUUAUAUUAAUCUAACUAAUUAAAGACUAAAUUAAGACCAAACAAUCUUUCCACAAUAAAGUAAUUAGAGAAAUCUUCAAAUAUUCCGAUGCUAAAAAAAUUCUCAGCAUUGGAACUUGGGAAGAUUA